AUGCGGUCUGAGGAUGACAACGUUGAGGCCUCGGAGCCCCAGCACAAAUACCGGCGACUUAACCCUUUCUCGACGGCCCAUCAGGGCAAGGAUAGCGCUCAUUCCGCCGUAUACUGGCCCCGUGACCUCCUUCCCACAACAGUCCCGAAUGCCCAGGUCCUGACCUAUGGAUACGAUACCAAUAUUAGACAUUGGGCUGGCCAACCAGUUAGCCACAAUACCGUUCGAGAUAUUGCGUGGGACUUCCUGGUUGCUCUCGAAGCUAUCCGUCGAGCGAAGCCAACGAGGCCUCUGCUCUUUGUUGUCCAUAGUCUGGGCGGAAUUAUCGUUAAGGAGCUACUGCGGCGAUCCAGCGGAUUAUGCCAAGGACAGAAACGUCUCCGAGCUGUUUUUGAGUCUACGAUCGGGAUCAUGUUUUUCGGGACUCCGCAUGGUGGAGCAGACCCACGAAGGUUCCUCCAGCACGCUGCCGAAAUGGUAGUCAAGGCCAUUGGGUAUACCGCCAACGAGCAGAUUGUGAAGACCCUUCUUCCUUCGUCCGAGCGCCUGAGAGAGUUAAGAGACGAGUUUGUUCCCUUGGCACAGGAACAGCAGUGGGUUAUCCAUUCUUUUCAAGAGGAGCUAGGCAUUAUGGCUUUGGGUAGCCGCAAGGUUGUGGAGGAUACUUCGUCGUAUCUUAAUAUUCCCACCGUCGAGACGACCGAGCAUAUCAGACGGAAUCAUAUGGCUAUGUGCCGCUUUUCUGGACCUGACGACGCCGAGUACAAGAAAGUCGCUGCCGCCCUUCGACGAAUGACAACUAACUUGCCAGAGAACCGGGUUCCUAAUCCAGGCGCUUCCCUCACCAUGGAGCAACGGCAACAGCUGCGGGAUUCUCUGAAGUUUGACCAAAUCGACGCUCGCCACAUGAGCAUCAAGAUUGCCCACGCAAAGACCUGCAAGUGGCUAAAGAAGAAGGAUGAAUAUCUCGAUUGGCUAAACCCUAGCAAGUUUCCCGAACAUCACGGGUUCCUCUGGGUCAGGGGAAACCCAGGAACAGGAAAGUCGACAUUGAUGAAAUUUGCAUUGGCGCAAGCUCGGAGGACGAUGAAGGAGAGGAUAAUCCUGUCCUUCUUUUUCAAUGCACGUGGUGGGGCCCUGGAGAAAUCCACUGUUGGAAUGUAUCGAUCUCUCCUCUUGCAGCUCCUGGACAGCAUUCCAGCGCUUGACGCUAUGUUCGACUCACUUUGCUUGAUCGCGUGGCCGCGAGAUGGCCAUAUGCAGUGGAGUGUCGAGUUGCUUAAGGAUCUGUUUGAGCAAGCCGUCCAAUCGCUUGGCCAGUCACAGGUGAUUUGCUUCAUCGAUGCGCUGGAUGAGUGCGACGAAGAUCAGAUUCGAGACAUGUUGUCAUUUUUCGAGCAUAUUGGCGAGCUUGCUGUGGUAUCCAACACCCGGUUCCAAGUCUGCAUCUCGAGCCGACACUAUCCCUACAUUACAAUCGCUCGUGGACUAGGGCUAGUCUUAGAAGGUCAGGAAGGCCACAGGCAAGACAUUACCAACUAUAUCGAUACCGAGCUCAAGAUUGGACACAGCAAGGCUGCAGAAGAGAUUAGAGCUGAGCUCCAGACCAAGGCAACGGGUAUCUUCAUGUGGGUUGUUCUAGUUGUUGACAUCCUUAACAAGGAACAUGACCGUGGACGCAUACACACGUUACGCAAAAGACUUCGAGAGAUCCCGGCCGGCUUGCAUGAUCUCUUUCGGGAUAUACUCACCCGAGAUACGCGGGAUAAGGACGAGUUGAUACUAUGCAUCCAAUGGGUCCUCUUUGCAAAAAAGCCCCUUAGGCCAGAAGAACUGUAUUAUGCUGUUCUCGCCGGGACGGAACCCGACUCAUUAGAGCCUUGGGAUCAGAAGCUGACCACACUCGACACAAUCCGGAGAUUUAUACUGGAUUCCUCUAAAGGAUUAGCCGAAACUACCAAGUCGAAAACCCCAGUGGUCCAGUUCAUCCACGAGUCGGUGCGGGAUUUCCUCCUCAAGGACAACGGUCUUCAGGAGAUCUGGCCGGAUCCCGGAGGUCGGUUCCAAGGGCCAAGCCAUGAACGACUAAAGGAAUGUUGCCUGAAGUACAUUUCUACAGACAUCGCAAAGUCUCUCCAUCUUCCUGAACCGCUGCCGGUGGCGUCAAGCGAGGACGCAGCUAGUCUUCGAGAUCUAGCCCAGCAAUCUUAUCCCUUUCUCGAAUAUGCCGUGCAUAGCAUUUUGCAUCACGCAGACGAGGCUGAAUCGGAAGACAUUGUCCAGCUCGACUUCUUGCAGAGCUUUCCCUUGCAAAGCUGGAUUAACAUGCACAACCUUCUUGAGAGGUACCAAGCUCGCCGUCUCACAUCUGAGGCAAGCCUGCUUUACAUCCUCGCUGAGAGAAACUUGGCCCGCCUCAUUCAAGCCCACUUCUCCACGUCAUCUCCCUUAGAAGCGUCUAAGGAGCGAUAUGAAAACCCGUUUUUUGCAGCGCUUGCUACUGAAAGCACCGACGCAACCCAGGCGCUUGCUAAGCUUGAGCUAUGCAAGAGCACAGGCCUCUUGACUUCAUUCCAGAGACUUUGUCAAAGUUACUUGGAGGACUCGAAUCAAAUCCCAAAAUUGAGCCGCAAUUCUUUGUUGUUAAAGAAACCAAUCGAACUUGCAAAGCAGGGUAAAGUGGAACUUACUCGACUAUUACUUGCCACAGGCAAGGUCGAGGUUAAUACAAGGGACCAUCGCGGCCAGACGCUGCUCUCGCAGGCCGCUGAGAACGGGCACGAGGCUGUCGUCAAGCUGCUCCUAGCCACAGGCAAGGUCGACGUCAAUGCAAAGGAUAAUCUUGGCCAGACACUGCUCUCGCAGGCCGCUGAGAAUGGGCACAAGGCUGUCGCCGAGCUGCUCCUAGCCACAGGCAAAGUCGACGUCAAUGCAAAGGAUGAUCCUGGCUGGACGCCACUCUCAUGGGCCGCCAGGAACGGGCAUAAGGCUGUCGACGUCGAUGCAAAGGAUAAUCUUGGCCAGACGCCGCUCUCACAGGCUGCCAGGAACGGGCGCGAGGCUAUCGCCGAGCUGCUCCUAGCCACAGGCAAAGUCGACGUCAAUGCAAAGGAUGAUUCUGGCUGGACGCCACUCUCAUGGGCCGCCAGGAACGGGCAUAAGGCUGUAGCUGAGCUGCUCCUAGCCACAGGCAAGGUCGACGUCGAUGCAAAGGAUAAUCUUGGCCAGACGCCGCUCUCACAGGCUGCCAGGAACGGGCGCGAGGCUAUCGUCGAGCUGCUCCUAGCCACAGGCAAAGUCGACGUCAAUGCAAAGGAUGAUUCUGGCUGGACGCCACUCUCACAGGCUGCCAGGAACGGGCGCGAGGCUAUCGCCAAGCUGCUCCUAGCCACAGGCAAGGUCGACGUCAAUGCAAAGGAUAAUUCUUGGCAGACGCCGCUCUUACAGGCUGCCAGGAACGGGCACGAGGCUAUCGCCGAGCUGCUCCUAGCCACAGGCAAGGUCGACGUCGAUGCAAAGGAUAAUUUUGGCCAGACGCCACUCUCAUGGGCCGCCAGGAACGGGCACGAGGCUAUCGCCGAGCUGCUCCUAGCCACAGGCAAGGUCGACGUCAAUGCAAAGGAUGAUCUUGGCUGCCGCUUUCAUGGGCUGCUAGGAAUAGGCACAAGGCUGUAG